AUGACAAUAAUGGAAAUUGAUAAAAAUUAUCCAGAUACAUUUGGUACUGAAUUUGUAACAUUAUUUCCAUGGAGCAUAAAAAUAUCAAAUGUUACCUGUCUUACCUUUGAAAUUAUUAAUGCAUCAGAAAAUGAGACAGCAAUAGUUACAAUAGAAUACGAUAUUGGCCUUGGGAAAGAUGAAAGUAUGCAAGAAUUACCAAAAGAUACUGUUAAUGUUAAACCGAAUACAUAUACUAGACUUAAAUUUGAUACGGAAAGAACAAUAAUACGACCAUAUGAAGGAAAUAAAAAUAUUAUUCCAGUUGGUGGAUCACGAAUUUUCAUUUCUUCGAAUUUACCUAUUUCUAUUAUAGAAUGUAUUUUUAUUACUGAUAAAAUUGGUGAUUGUUUUACAGGUAAAUAA